CGAUCCCCGCAAUGUUUUAUGCUACGUGAACACAGAAUAAGAAUCUAACUGUUCGCCAUGGUACCGUGCUGUGAGCAAAGGCAACAUAGAUGUGUGCGAGAUCUUUCAUAAUAAUGGGUUCUCAUGUGGUGUGUGGAAACAGGGCACUUUUUGGCCGGAAGUAGAAAUUACAACUUCAACCCAACAGUUGGGUAAAUCAUCGUCUCAGCCGUUUAUGGUUUUUGCAAUGAACACCACCGCAUAGAUCUUCACCCCUAAUAACAUCCCCCAUGCAGGGUUUUUCCUCAUUCACAUGAGGGUUGUGUGCCUGUGACGAAUUAUGCUUUUUGUGAAUGAAUGAAAAACAAGACAGGAGUGCGAGGGCACGUUUACCUAGAAUGAAGCCUCAUCAUCUGCCGUGCGAUCAUUUGCAUGAUUUAUUCUAUUUGGCACACAAGCAACUUGCGGGUUGUGCUUGCAUCAGCAAACAGGCCGGAUAUGAUCGAAUCGUCCACAUAUGUCGGAAGUUGAAGAUCCGGUCAGGAAGAGGCGAAUGAAUGUACACAUUGUAUGAAUUGUAAUUGGAGUCUGUCACAUGGGUCGCUUAGCUUCCUUUCAUGUCGCUAAGCUGCUUGUUUUUUUCGCAUGUGUCUCCUACAGCCAUUUUUUUCCUAUGAAGGCUAUGGACGCACUAGGAUUGAAGCGCACUAGGAUAGAAGCGCGGGAAUAUGUAGAAUGCAGAUGGAACAUUAUCCUUUCGGCAAAAGUGUCCACAUUGGAUCGCCACGUGGCCAUUUGGUGUGUUCCUAAAACAUAUGCAUCCGACGCCAUACAUUCCCGCCCGUCUUGCCGCACCACUCUCGCCAACAUAUCAAUAAACUAAUUUUAUGCUCUCGCAUGUUUCAUGAAUAGUGAGCAUUCAUGGCACGUUCAUGAACAUUCGUCCCUUACUCCGGACCGUCCCACUGCUACAUCCGUCCGUCUCACUAAUUUUUCAACAAACCCACACACACACCCUUGCAGCAUAUAUAUACCUAUAUAUGCUAUAUAUAUAUAGCCUAUAUAUAUAGUCCUAGAAAGAGAGGCAAAAUAAAGUCGAUCACAGUGCGGAAGACAGAGUAGGCAUGAUCGCUCUGGGGAUCGCUGUGAUUUUUCGUUGAUGAAGCUUCCCAAUGUAACGGAUUGGAGUCACCUUUUUCGAUACCUUACAUGAAAAUUCAUCUUAUGGAUCAGGUGAGGUGAACCGUGUGGUGGGGAAGUUUUAUUCACGAUCGAAGCGAGAUUUUUUUUGUCAUCGAUGAUCGAAGAAGGAGAAACGUGGCCAAACAUUAAUCUCUCGAAGGUGUUGGCAUCUCGCUCUUGCCUGAAUUUGUACUCUUCUUGGAGCAACUCUGCUGCUGCUAAACGUUCAAGCGGUUCAAGCGAUCGCGGCGAUCUUAGCUUACGUCCGUUGACGAUCGUGCACACAUACACAUGUUCAACGUCUUCGGCUACAUUCGUACCAUCUCGCUCGUGUUGCGUAUGAGCCAGAGUGAGAUGGAGCGAUGGAAAAGACGCGAAGAAAAAAAAACGGAAUCGCCUCUCCCUAUAAAAUACUCCAUUCAUUAUGGCUGCUUCAUUCAUAAAAACCUUCAAGCCACUAGAGGGGCUUUUUAUCGAAUCUCAUGCAUAUGUAUGUGUAUGCGGAGUGGUUUUGGGUGUAUGUGUAAAGGGGUUUAUGUAUGAUGUUGUAUUUGGAGUUGGUAUAUAUGCAUUAUACUGGGGCACCGCCUCUCCUCCCACUGCGCAUGCCGACCCCCUCUCAUAAGAAAAAUCCAUCUCCUCUUACGCACACAUGUGCAACCUACCACCACACGUAGGUAUCAAACUGUGUCGGGUAGUGCCGAAUAGAGCAUUUAUCAGUCGUUUGAGGAAUUUCUACUGAGACGGACCGCACUACCGCAGUGUUCCGUGAUUACUUUUCCUCACACUUAAUUUGUGGUGGCAAACUGCUUGGGCUCUGAAAAGGAAGCGUGGCAUAGUUGAAGGAACGUAAAUUACGUUUAACGUUUUUUUUAUUUUUUAUUUCUGGAAAAAGAAUAUUCAUCUUAAAACCCAAAACCCCUUGAACUGUGUUUGUGCUUUGAAAAAGAAGAAGAAAAAAAACGGAAAAUCUUCAAAAACAUUUUCCCUCGAAACUGUGACCUUUUUGGUGGUGAAAAUAAAGUUUAAAGAAAAAAAGAAAGAAGUGUAUUGGAAAGUGAAAAGAUCUUUUCGGUUAAUAAAACGGAAAGGCCGUAAAGUGAAAUAAGGAGCUGAUUUUUCUUUUGAGUUUUGAAGAAACUUGUGGAAGGAACGUUGUGAAGCAAAAGUUGCCCAAUUGCGACUUUGACCACCUUGUUGCAGUACAUUUCUCCCAACUAUUGGAGAUCACUGUAGUGCAUUUGGGAAGGUGAUGUGUGAGCAAGAUUCGUUGUGGUGAAGAUUGUGGAAAAAACGUCCACAGCUGUACUCCAAAACGAUCAUACCGAGACAGCGACUAACGACCUAGGAGGUGUACCUAAAGAAAAAUAAAAGUUAUUAGUUUUUCUUUUUUUUUUUUUUAAAUUUUCUCCUGAAGUGCAGCAACUACAGAAUUGUAGUUUGCAAAACCGAUUUUCGAAUAAAAGAGAGUAAAAAUCGAAUAAAUAAAAUUGUACGAAUAGUGUUUAACAAAACCGGUGGUGAAGAGAAAUUGUCUUAAUGUAGAAGUUUUUGAAGAAACAAGUAAAAAGAAAAGUUUUUUUCUCAUAAAAAAGGAAAAUUUAUAUAAAAGUUGUGUUUUUUCAUUAAAAAUUUGAAUGAAAAAGUGCUUGUAGUGUACCAUGCGGUAGAAAGAAAAUGGUGUGUUGCCACCCUAUGGCCAAACAUUGGAUUAUUAUUGGAUACAUUACUGCACUAUACUGCGCUGUGGAUUACCAGUUAUUGCACCUAAUUGCUUUUCAACACAAAUAAGGCGAUUACGAGAAAAAAGGAUGACGGAUCUUGGAGGACCCCGGCUGAUGCUCAGAGGUCGUUAGUUUUAGCUACAUGGAUCGCAAAAAUGGCGGCGAUCCUCUGGCGCCUCCACGGCCCCCGAAGUCAAUACCCCGAGUCCAUCGCCCCAGGGCCCCUGAGCCGCCGAUGAUGAGCGCUCCCCUGAUAGGAAGCGCUCAACACCCAGCUGCAGCACCGCUGCCACCGCGCCAGACAGCGGCGGCGACUGUACCGCCACCGCCACUGCGACCACAGCCGGCGCCAGCAGCCGCCCCAACGACAGCCCCUCUGGCGCCACUCCAGUCAAGUAUUACGUUCUCGAGGCGACGACCACCUGCCACGGCGGCACCGUCGCCGGGCGGCGGGACAACAUUCCCGCUCAGCGCCCACCUCAUCGGUGGCGGCACUGAACCGCCACCGUCUGUUUCGCUGACGGUGCCGCGGCCAGAGAACGAACGUCUCGCCAAUGAGUACGUGGACACGCCGUUUCGCGGCACUGGGCCACCCGUGGCCCAUGUCACACCAGUCACCCGCCAACAUACCACACCUGCAGCGACUGAGUCACCCCUGCUGGCCGCACAGAGGCAUCCAAAUGCCACAGCGGCGGCACAUUCGCCGGGUGCUAAAUUGUCACCGGUUUUCCUACCCGCGAAUGCAGCCACGCGGACGGCCACACAGCGACCGUCCGUCAUCACCAAACAGCCUGUCUCCUUCACGAAGGAACUCCCCUCGGCGGCACUCCACGAAGAUGUGGACAUUCACCCAUCAAACGGGGACUCCCUCAACUCAAUCACGUGCCCACAGUGCAACCGAUGUCGCUGCGAAGAGUGCCAGCGGCCGCGGCAACUGCCGUCGCGGUGGGUGUGCGACAAGACGUGCCUCUGCAGUGCUGAAACAGUCAUCGACUACGCGUCCUGCCUGUGCUGCGUCAAGGCGCUCUACUACCACUGCUCCAAGGAUCACGAGAUGGACAAUGGCGAGGGUGACAGUAUAUCCUGUGCCGAUGACCCGUGCUCGUGCCUCCCACAUCGGCGACCAACGCGAUGGGGUUGCCUAGCGGCCCUCUCGCUCGUACUACCCUGCCUAUGGUGCUACUGGCCGAUGCGGGGGUGUGUGGCGGCGUGUGCAAAGUGCUAUGCACGGCAUGCACGUCACGGGUGUCGCUGUCCCCGUGGAAAGACCCAUUCCAGCGCCAUCAGCUCACUCGUGAGCCUCGUCGGGACGACGGGUAGUGGUGGCCGCGGAGAACCCACGGGUGGCAUUAAUCCCGGAACAGGAGGUGUGAGUGGGAAUAGUGUCAGUAGUGUUAUGGGCAAUGUUAGUAGGACUUUUAGUGCGUCACGAAAUAAUUGCGAUCUGACGCCGGAGAAGCGAUUGCUGGACUCUAGCCCUGAGUACUGAACGAAAUCAACAAUGAAAAAAAAACAACUAAAAGCAAAAGGAUGGGCAGUGUGUUGAGAACAGCUCUCGAAAUGUGUCAAGGAGUGGUGUCUCAAUGGUUCGACUUUGGAGUGUAGAGAAAUGCAGUGCAGUGCGGCAGGACAUUAAGCAGCAGCAAAUCGUAAAUAUUAAAAUUUCUUUUAAUUUUUCAAUAAAAAAAAAAAUAGAAAGAAAAAUUGCAACAGAUAUCCCUUUGAAUCUGGCAACCCUUAUUUCCACCCCAAAGAAAAUAAUCUUUGGUUAUGGGUGAAAUUCCUUAGUCAGACAGACUUAAGAUUUCUUGAAAUUGUCUUAAGUUUUCUUUAAGAAAAAAAAACCUUAAAGUUUCUCAAGUUAUCUUAAUGAUCCUUGGAUUAAGUUUAAAGUUAAAUCUUAACACUGUCUGACUAUCGUGAAUUUCACCCAUUUUCACGAGGGUCAAGGGAUGCAUGAAGAUCACGAAAUUCUACGCGUGUACCUUCAAUCAUGAUUAUUUGUUGGUAAAAAUUAAAAUAAAAAAAAGAAAAGAAAAUCGUUGUCACUGCUGCCGUUUGGUGGCGAGUAGAAAAAAUUAAAAAAACAAAAAAUAAAUUAAAAAGUCGACAUCAUUUCUCAACAUUCAUCCAACCAAAUCGGCAUCACUGAUGACAUAACAUUUAGUAACCAAAGACUGCAAAAGUUUGAUUGUAAUAAAUUCUUUUUCUUAGAAAUUUAUAUUUACUACAAUUUAAAUUUAAAAAAAAAAGAAGCAUAACUUUUAGUGAAUGCAAAAAAAAGCGAAUGAGAGGUUUUUUUUAAGUGAUUGUGAGGAUUUGAAAAGGGACAUCGCUAUUUCGGAAUUUUGAUUUAAUUUCCAUUUUUUUUUGUGUCAAAUUAAAUUGUGGAAAGUUAACUUGUUAGCUAUAAAGGGAUAGGCAUGAAGUCAAAAAAAAAUUAUGAAAACUUGUAGAAUAAAAAAGAAACUAAUUUUCAAUUUAAUUUCCUUUGCAUUUACAUUCAAUGGCUAAAUGUUAGUUAAAAUAAACAAUUUGGAAAUAAAAACAAUUAUUCUUUUAAUGAAAAUGCAAUUAAACAUUAUUUUUUCAAAGUCUGAAUUGAGAAAGAAUUAGAAAUUUUUUUUCAAAGUUUGACCCAAAAACUUCCUGCAAUGUCUCCAAAAUUUUGGACUAUCCCUUAUUAUAAAAAAAAAUCUGAAGGAAUAAAACAAAUCAUAAAAUUCAAAUUCUAUUUUUCAUGAAAAGAAACUUUUCACCCUCUUGAGAUGUUUAUUAUAAAAUUUAAAUAAAGAAUUUAAAUGGAAAGUCUUUUCAGAAUAUUUUCUUUUAUUUGGGAACUUAAUUAACCCUUUAAUUUCUCAAUGGAAAAGCAUCAUUUCUCAGCUUGAAGCGUACUUUGGCGUAUUUUUAACACAAAAUUGUAUAAUUUUCAAAUGCAAAAGUUUAUUAUUUCUCUCGACUCAAACGUCUAACACUGCAUUCCCCAUUCUGUGUGUCUAUUUCAGCCACACGAUCUGUUUUGGGUUCUUCUCCUUUUUUUUCCACCAUCAUCCAAAACUAUCUCUCUCUCCAAAUGCUAUUCACAUCAGUUUUCUUGUGAAUAGAAGCUGAAGAAGAAGAAGGCAAACAACAACCAGAUGGUUGUCCGAUUUGAAUCUUUCUCAGAAAUUCUCGUUUGAUUUUUUUUAUUCGUCAUUUUUCUUAUGUCGUAUGUGUUUCGUUUUUUUUUCUCCUCCAUCCACUUCUAUUUUACAAAAUCCACCCAUGCACGAGAGAGAGAGAGCACAAGAGGAAGAAAUCACAGAAGAAAUUUUUUAUUUCACAUUUUUUUCAACGUUCGCUUUCGUCUCUCUAUUCCUUUCAGUGUUGCGAUCAGGCAUAAGAAAUUUGUUUUAAUAUCAAUGGAUUUUUUUUUACCCCAAGAGGUACCUAAAAAUCGGUUACCACCUGUUUGGUUUUUUUUUCAUUAAAGCCAAAAGGUGGGUGAAGUUAAAUGGUGGAAUAAAAGAAGGUUUAAAUUGGCAGAGAUAGAUUUGGGAUUUUCUGCUGAAUGGGAUUAGCUUUUGCAAUUGAUUUUAUUCUUAAAUUAUGCAGUGAAAGGUUUGAAAAUUGAUUUAAUUUAUUUUACAGUUAAAAUUCUUUUUAUGAAUUUAACCCUUUCGCGUUCACGUGAAACAUAGAAACAUUUUUAUCACGAUAUUUCUCUAUUUCAUGCAUUUCUAACUUGAAACACGAAUUAAGUUUAUAAAAAAUAGGAAAAUAAAUUGUUUAACGUUUAGGUCUACAUUGACCCAAAGAAUGUUAAAGGGUUAACAUUAACCGUCAAAACCUGUCAUUCAAACCCUUUUGUGGGUUUGUCAGAAACCAUCGUACCUGUUUGAAAUUUAAUUUUGACAGCAAUAGGGGUUGAACGGUAACCCCUUAAUUGUCAUUCUGAAUGAAAUCAAAUAAAUUAUUUCUUUUAUCAAUGAGCCAUUUAAUGUAAAUAAAUCAAACUAAAUGAAAUUUAUUAUUUCAAUUUUUUCAUUACAAUGCCUGUGUACGCACGUUGGUGUUCCUUCACUCGUACACCCGAGUUGUGGUGUGUUAUCAUGUUUUUUUUUGUGCCCCGCUCCGAACCAAAUAGGUUAUCACAACAUUAAAUUAACGAAAUAAAUAAAUAUGUAUACAUGGGGUGUAUUUUAAAGCACGAUGGCUUUUAAUAGAAACACACAAUUUAAAUAAAUACAUAAAAUACGUUUGAGUUUACAAUGCGCCAAAUGCGUAAACUUCUUGCACGGAAUGCUUCUAAAUUCCAUGAGAUUUUUCCACGCUUUUCUUCCUUUUCUUAUUAGAAUUAUAAUACAAUAAACAUUUUAUUCGUUGAGAGAGAAAAAAAAUGGUUUUUUGGUUUUAUUUCGAUUGAGAGAAAAUUAAUCAAAAUUCUGGAAAUAGCGAAAAAAUUUGGGAUAGGAAAUGCAGAAAAUGGUGUAGCAGUGGGGUAGUACAGAAUUUUCUUUAUUAAGGAAUUUUGAAUAAAAAAAUAUCUAAAGGAUCUAACGUUCAAAGGUAAAAUAUCCGAGUUGAAAAGAAAAUUAUGUCAAUGCUUCAUUUGACAAUUUUUGACGUUUGAAAUGACAUUUAGGUAACAGAAAUUUUGAAAGAACCUUUUUUUUUGACAUUUAUUCCGUUAAAAAAGAAAACUCUGUACAACCCACAGUUACACUUCAAAAAAAAAAAAGAAACGAGACGGUCUAAAAGAAAUCGAAGCGUAUGUUGAGAAGAAAAUAGAAAUAGUGGAUGAAAACUAAGUCUUAAAGUAAAAAAAAACUACAUUUACUAUUUUAUACGAAAAGAAAAGAUUACAAAAAAAAUGUGAAAAAGGUGAGAGAAAUAAAAAAAAAAUAAUCGCUGGCAGAAGAGGUUCUAAGAGAUGAUUUUAUAAAUAACGCAUAAACUAAAAUAUUCUUUAUAAAAUAUUUAUUUUUAAUGAACUACUAAUUUAAUUAAUGACCUUUACUUGUAUAUUGGAUUUAUAUAUAUUUUGUAUAAAGUUUUUUUUUCACACAAAACGAAAAAAACAUUUCACUAAAUGAGAUAAAAAAAGCACAAACACAAAUAUUUAACUUAUUGUAAAAAAAAUAAAUAAAAUGCAAAAGAGGAAAAUUUGUAAUAGAUGAGAAAAGAAUUCUGUGGAGGUAGAUUUUUCCAAUUUCUAUUUCGGAAAUGUUCUUUCAAUUUUGAAGAAGAAAAAAAAAGAAGUAAAAAGAAAGUUAGUAAUAUGAAAGAAAUUUAUAUACUUUUUAUGUUUUUUUUAUCAGAUGAAAAAAUACAAUUUUUCUUUAGAAAAACAAAUUAAGCACGUUCUUUAGGCAUGAACCAAUUGUAGAAAUUUUGUUUUAUUAAAAGUUCAAUAAUAAAAAAAAGAGAAAAACGAAAUGAAAUUUUUUUUAUUCAUUUCAAUUUGGAGUUGAAUGUGAAGAAAUGUGGGAAAUACGAGAGAAAGAGAGCGAGAGAGAAAAAUAGAAUUUAAUUUCCAGUAUUAUCUAGUCGAACAUUAUUAAUUGAGACUACAGUAAAGGGUAUAAAUGAGAAAAGAAUUGUUUUUAUCAUUCAUUUAAAAUGAUAAUGUUUAAGGAGAAUAACAAAAGAAGAAAGAGCAGGAGACGUUGAGGCGUUCAAUAGGAAUUCAAAUUGGUUUUUGAGCGUUGGUAUAAGUGAGGGUAAUUGUUUUUUUUUAAUAUAAAAAAAAUUCUUUUAAACUUUUUUUUCCAGAAUCUUCAAUCUUUUAUUUUUUUAAAACCUUUUAUAUCAAGAAAAAAAUUAUAUUAAAUGAAAGAAAAAUUUUUUCUGUGAAGAUUGAGAUAUUUUUGGUGAAGUUUAGUGUUUGAGGUUCUGUCAAAAUAUUGACAGCACCACCCUGACACAUGACUGUUUUAUGACAGUUCAAAUUCUUUCCUGUCACUGUCAAACACUGCUAAGCACAGAAUUACUCAAUCUUUCACCCAACAAAUGAGAGCACUAAAAAAUAUUUCAUAACUGAUAUUAUAAAGAAGAAAAAAUAUGAUAGUUCAAUGCUAUUUAAAAGUGAAAUUUAUGUGUUAAAAAACAUUGCAAAAUUGAAUAAUUGUUAACCGAAAAAAAAAUCAUUUCCCCAAUUAUGCCAUUAAGUGUUAUGACACAGAGCAAGAAACAAAGUGUAUCACGAAAAAUUAAUAACCAUACAGCAAUUACCUGUUCAUUAUUAUUACCUCUCGUAAAAAUAAUUGCAACAAAAUAUAGGUGAAAAAAACACUAAACUAUUACACUUCAUAGUAGUAAUUUUUUGUAUAAAAAAAAAUAGAGAAAAAACACCUCUUAGCAACAGGAGAAAAAAAAUGUAAAAUCAUAAAUCAACCUAAGCCGGAAUUUAUUGAGAAAUAUUAAAUGUGAAACAGAAAUUUUACAGUGUCAAAUUGCUUAAAAAGAAAAAGAAAUAAAGAAUAGAAUCAUUAAAUUUAGAGCCGUUUUUGUUGACUUUCAUAACUUCGUAAACACAAAAAAGCAGAAUUACAAAGUCUUUUAAUUGAUUCACAAAUCUCAGCGUCGUUUGUAUUCAAAGAUGGCGCUGGAUGGUGAAUCUAACCUCACUUUUAGUUUAUUUUUCAAACAAAAUGACAUUGACAGCUAAAAAAGAAGAAAAAGAAGAAAAAGCAAACCCACGAUGGGAUGUUGAUGUAAAAACCAAGUCAAUACAUUUUACUUAUAUAAAUAAUUUUCACUAUAAAUAAUAAAUUUUGUAACAAGGCGAAUAGCAAAAAAGAUAAAAAAAGAAACUUUACAAAAAAUGAUGUGGAAGAAAACAUUGUCACUGUACCUACAUUUGUAAAUUUUAAUGUUAUUAAAGUAAUUACCUUCUGAAUAUGAUAGGGAUGAAAGAUUCAAAAAGCAACAACAAAAUCAGAGAAAUAAAAUAAUGAAUGAAAUGCAAAUAAAAUUCACCAUGGAACGGUGCAACAGUUUGGAAAGAAUUUUCAAGAAAAAAAGAAUAAAAAAAAACAAUAACUAAAAGGCAAAAAUGUAAUAAAAAAAAAGAAAUUGAAUGAGUUGUCAAAUAUUUUUUCCAUGAGAAGAAAAUUUGUCGAAAUGGCGGAAUAUACAAAAACAAAUGAUUUUAAAAAAUCCUCUGUAAAUGUUUGUACAUAUUAAAAAUUAUAAUUAUCUAAUGUUAAUAACAAGCGACCAACUUAAAAAUUAAAACAAAUGCUUUUUUAUUA